UCGCAUCUUUCUCUCUACGUGCUCUUCAAGCAGCGCAUUAAUAUACUAUAUGUGAUUUUUCGAAUGGAUACUCAUGAAUGUUUUCAUUGGAAAGGAACUGAAGAGAAUUUCAUGAAAUCUUUUAAUGUAUUUCUUGGGAAAUCUGGACAAGUCUGCAAGGUUAUCAACUCACUCCGUUUGCAUCUUCCAUCGACGUUGAAAUACAUCCUUGAUGAGCCAAAUCCACACGAUGGUAUCAACAUUUUAAGUAUUGGUAGUGGAGACGGAGACAUGGAUAUAGAAAUACUGAAGAUUGUCAAUGAAGAGAUGCAAAGACAUCGUCCAGGUCAUGCAGUCAAAAUGUUCAACCGAGCUGUAGAACCACAAGUGCACGCCUUGAACCAGUACAAGAAUACAGUAGCCACACGUCUACCAAAGGAAUUAAGCAAUGCAUCAGUAGUGUUCGAUAUCGACCGGCCUGAAUCAUUUGAAGAGUACGUGACAAAUAUCAAAGAGACUGUGGAGUUUGAUAUCAUUCAUUUUAUUCACUCUAUUUAUCAUAUCACUGAUGUAGAGAAAGCUCUGAAACACUGCUACGAGAAAGGAUUGGGCAAUCGAGGUGCCAUAGUUUUGCUUUUGGCUGGAAAAGAUGAUACUAUUCAGCUUUUAAGGAAACGCACGACGUGUGAAAUUAUUCAUUUUGGUAGUGAUAUCGUUGAAAUUGUACGACAAAAUGGCUGGCGUCACGAGGUUUAUCGCAAAGAUUAUUUUACCGAUGUAACCCAGGUAUUUGAUGAAGAAUCGAUCGAAGGAAACCUGUUGCUUGAUUUCUUUGCACAUUCAGAGGAUUUCCGCUUGAAUGAUGAUCAUGAAAAAGUCAAAAUAACCCUAGACUGCAUCAAAGAAAUGUCGACAUUUGAGGAUGGAAAGUUUUUGGCAAAGAAACAUGAGGAUGUACUUAUUAUUUUCAAGUAAUUAUAUAUCCGGUGAACAUUAAAAUAUUUUCAUCAAAACAUCAUUCCUCCAAGAUAUGACACCUUAAAAUUAAAUUAGUUCGGGUUGGAACAACAAUCGGUGCUCUGAGUUUCCAAGAUUUUAAAGGCUUUUUAUAUCAAAGAGCGAGGAGAAAUAAUCAGGAGGCAUAGACUAUUUAUGGAUAAGAUUUUUCUAGCCGAGCGGGUUGAUGAGACUGUCGGCAUUGAUAUCACAGGCCAGUAUCAUAGCCUGAUCGGGUCAAAUUUCUUGCCGCAGGCUUUAGUCCCGUUGCAACAUUUUAGCAAAUAGUCUGCACUGCUGAGCUGGAGAUUAAACAAAUAUCCUAAAUUUCGCCUUAUCUAGAGUUAACAAGCCUUAGCAGCUAUGUCAUCAAUUGCUUCUAUGGAACGUUUUGAUCCUGAGUUCAAAUCUUAUUCGAUCCAUUGGUAUCUUUUCUUAUCAUCUAUUUUAUCCACGUCUCAUCGCCAACUAAUCGUCUAAAUUGACAUUGAUCAUUCGGGAGACAAAAACGACUUGACCUUGGCAUGAGGCAUGAAUUGUCUCAGAGGUAUAUGGACAUAGCAACAAGGUGAAGACGAUGGAGUCUGUUCUUCUAAAUAACUGUUCUUAUACGAGUUUUUUUGCUGGGAAAGGGAUUUUGAGCUACAUUGUCGACAAUAGUUACAAGCAAAUGUGGCGUCAUUCCUUCUUUAAAAUAAUUUUGUUUCUGACAAACCUAGACAAACAUUUCUCAAGAACAAAAACGCCUUAUGAUAACGUUAUUACAAUCCUUUUUUUGGUUUCAAGGAAUUUUCAGGCCUGGCAAUCGUUGUUUUUUUUUUUUUUGGUCAAAACGACUUAUAUUUUUUUAGUUAGGAAAUUUUUAUUUUCCUUGCAAAUUUCUUAGAGAGUAUUCGGCCUUGAGAGUAUUCGGCCUUGAGAGUAUUCGGCCUUGAGAGUAUUCGGCCUUGAGAGUAUUCGGCCUUGAAAGGCACGUGAAAUCACGACAAAAUGUUGUUAGUACUAUGGCGCUAACAUGCAAUGUGCAUUUUCCCCGAGUUGAGGCUAACCAUGUAUUUCCAGAAGGUUCAUACACUGUAAAAAAUGCCUGGUUACGAUGACCAAUAAAAAUGGUCGUAACCAAACAGUAUUGGUUGUUUUGACCAAAAGUAUUUGGUUGAAACGAGUUGACCAAUUUCACUUCUGGUCACUGUAACCAUUUCUAUUGGUUGUUUGUGUAACCAAAGUCAAUUAUCAAAUAAAUCUUUGCGUGUCCAGAAAACGCGUUUUUUCACUCUAACAAAAUUUCUUCGCCUUUCAAAAGCAUUUGAUCACAAAAAAAAAAUCCUAUCUAAAUUGGUUGCAAUGAACAAUUUUGAAUGGGUUGUUCUAUAGCUUUUUUUCAGCACUUUUGGUUGGCAUAACUAUUAGAAAAUUGGUUAUAAAAAUCAAUAGAUAGUUUUAACAUUCUUAAAAUGAAUUUUAGCAUUGUCAGUUAUGGUCAGUUUUUACUGAAAAAUUACUAAUGGUUGAUCGGAUAAUCAAUUUUUGAGGUGGUUGUUUUUAACCAAUUUAAUUUGGUUAAAGCUAAUAACCUAUAUAUAACCAAUUAAUUAUUGGUUGAAAUAAUGAAGUAUAACCUGGGAAUA